AUGUCGUAUCGAGAAUAUCUCCCCGAUCUAAGCAACCCCCGCUUCCAGGUGAUGCGCACUCAGGAUGCGCACGAAUACGCGGAAGCCUUCAAGACCGGCCGGGUUCCUCCAUGGCUGCAUGCCCUUUAUAUGCACUGGAAGGAUCUGCUCCAGGAGCCUUUCAAGGGUGUAACAACCGAUGGAAACGUCCGUCCAAAUCUAUUCGAACUUCAAGACGAACAAAUCCCCAUCGACAACAUCGUCGCAGCAACAACACAUCUCUUCUCACUGCUUAGCAGCGAACAAAAAGGAAGUCUCUGCUAUCAUAUCGAUUCACCAGAAUGGCGGACAUGGUCGAACCCGGAGUUCCUUCUCAGCAACAAGGGUCUUCGCCUUGACGAAGUCAAUAGCUCAGUACGCUCCGCCAUUCUCGCCAUCCUCGAAUCCACCCUCUCCCCAGAAGGCUACGAUAAAGCCCUCAAAGCGAUGCGCAUAAACCACUUCCUCGGCGAGCUCGUCGAGUCUCCGCGCGUCAUGAAUGAGUUCUCCUACAACUUUGUCCUCUUCGGCAACCCCUCCACCACAAGGCCCUGGGGGUGGUCCUUCUACGGCCACCACCUCUGCCUCAACAUUUUCCUCUACAAGAACCAGAUCAUCGCCUCGCCGUGGUUCACAGGAGCCGAGCCAAACGAAAUCGACUCGGGCCCCUACAGCGGCACCCGCAUCCUCCACGCCGAAGAAGCCCUCGGUCUCCAACUCAUGCAAUCACUCCCCAGCCACCUACAGUCAAAAGCGCAAACAUAUACCCAGAUGAAGGACCCGGCCAUGCCACCGGGCCGCUGGAACCGUGACGACCAGCGACACCUCUGCGGCGCGUACCGUGACAACCGCAUCGUGCCCAACGAGGGUGUCCCUGUAUCCCUAUUCACCGCAGAACAAAAGUCGACGCUCUACGGGAUCCUGGAGCAAUACCUCCUCUAUCUCCCUGCGUACUCGCGAGCGCUCAAAAUCAACCAAGUCCAAAGAUAUGAGUCCGAGACAUACUUCUCCUGGAUCGGAGGGUUUGCAGACACCGACCCGUUCUACUUCCGGAUCCAGAGCCCGGUGAUUCUCGUCGAGUUCGAUCACCACUCGGGGGUGAUUUUGACGAAUGAGGAGCCGAGGAAAUUUCAUAUUCAUACGCUUCUGAGGACUCCGAAUGCGGGAGAUUACGGUGUUGCGUUGAGGCCGCUGAUUCCAGCCGGAGAAGGGCUGAAUGGGAAGGAGAUUGUUUGGUAG